AAUCAACGAAACCACCAAGAGCGAUCCCAGGUGUUUCAAUAGUGACUCCGACCCGGACAUGGGAUUUCCACAUUUUUACGUUCUCGUGGGACUUCUGUUGGCCAUGCCAGCUGUGUCUCAAUUUGAAGUCAAAUAUGCAAACGUUGGCCACCCCAUCACCCUCACCUGCAGUGGAGCGCCCCGUAGGGAUGUGGAAUGGUAUUUUGAACAGCAUCUGCAUUCUCACCGGCUGCUUGUGGCCAAACUCCACGCUGGAUGCAUUUCCCCAGGACCCGACUUUGAGGGACGGGUGGAGUCCGUCUGUGAGGAGCAGCCAGGAAACUACAGCCUUGUCCUCAGUCCUGUGGUGUACAACGACCAAGGGUCUUAUGAAUGCCGGGACAAGGGGAGCCUUCUUAAAGAAGUGAAACUAGUCGUUAUUGUCCCAGGAAGUGUUUCCAUAGCGUUGGGAAUGUCUGCCAAUCUGCCUUGCUAUGGGGGCAUUAGUAAACGAGCGCGUGCUGUUGAUCUGGAUAUCCUCUGGAAAAGAGAUGGACAGAUAGUUUACCAGCGCUAUAACAACACCAUCACCUAUGGGCCUGGGUUUGAGAGCAGAGCUUCAGUUUCCCCAGAACAGGCUCUCCAUGGAAACCUGUCUCUAACCAUCAAACAGACACGCUUUUCAGAUCAAGGCCACUACCAGUGCUUCUACAGCAGUCCAAAAGAAAGUGGGAACCCAGAUUCUGCCAGGCUCCAUGUUACAGACCCCCCACCCCAGAACCUCACAGUGAAGGCUGGCGAAGAGCUCUCCAUACGGCUCCGUACCACAGACCCAGUGAGGGUAACAUUCACAGGCCCUGGUCUGGACGAGGUGCUGAUGGUCGACGCUAACGUCACAUAUGGGGAGCGCUGUGGUCAGAGAUGUGAGGUUCUGGGCCAGGAAAACACCUUUCUGCUGAGGCGUGUAACACCGGAGGAUGCCGGGGUCUACACAGUGACUGAUUCUGAGACCAACAGGACCAUUAGCAUCGUCUCUCUACAAAUCUCAGGAGAGACUACAGGAGCAGUGCCUUGGAUCGUGUCGACAGUGCUCUUCAGCUGCAUUUGCCUUGGCCUUGCAGUCUGGAUGCACUGCAGUAAGAGACGAGGGGCUGAACAGAGAAUCGUAUACCAACCAGCCGCAGUGGAAGACCUGAGUAGCUCCAGCGGCAGAACAGAACUGCAGCAGCCUGGAGGCCCUGAGCCCUCUCUCUCCGUGACCGAGACCCGGAUUGAUGUCCCCGAACCCCACCUCCCUGUGUCCGAAACGGGGCCUUCAGACCAGACUCGAGUGCAGGAGAAGAAGAGCGAAGAGGUGCAGGGGACUCGGCCAUGGUCAAUGAACGACUGA